AUGAUUGUUGAAAUUGGACCUGGUUCGGGAAUUAUUUCGACCUUUCUGACAAGAAUUGUGAACGAAUCCCAUCCUACAGCAACGCUAGCUAUAGAUAUCAACAUGGAUGCGUGUCGAAUCACGCGCGAUACCUACCAUCAAAAUAAGGUUGUUUACGGUGAUACAAUUCGUUCCAAUUUGCUUCAAUGCACCCUUCAGAGACUUCAAAACAAGGUGGAUGUGUUGCUCUUCAAUCCUCCCUAUGUCCCUACUUCUUCGGAAGAGACCUUCCUACCUACGAUUGAGUCGGCCUAUGCAGGAGGAGAGAAAGGAAGGGAAGUGAUUGACGUUCUUCUGCCAAAUGUCCAGGUACAAUAA